UGUUUUUUACAAUAACAUAACUACAUGCCUGUUUGUUGGUGUUGGAAUAAAACUUUGGGUGUUGUUUAUUGUUCUUGUUUGCAAUACUGUGAACAUAUGUUGUUUUCAUUUAUGUUAAUUAACCACAACCAUUACUGGGUUUGUAUGCUGAAAUGAAAAGAAAACUAUUAGUUGCUGGAUUAAUUAGCCAUAUGCAUUUCUCGGUCAUCUGCAUUUGUGGCUUUGCAAUACUGUAAACUUUGAUGAUUGUUCUUAUUAACUGUCUCUCAAUUCUGAUUCUGAUGUUGCCUACUGUUUGUUUCAUUGUAAUUCUUUGGGCUUUUAUGCUAUCAAAUGCUCUAAUCACUGGUGCAGGUUUAUAAACAUAGAAUAUAUAAAUAGGAAAUAUUUCGGGCAGGGAAAGUUUAAGGCAUUUAGCUACUGUCAAAGAUUAUUUAUAUAUAUUGGAUGCUCUAAGUUCAUUUUUGAAAAUGAAAGUCUCAACCUUUUCAUUUCUUUUUUAAUCGUCGUUGUUGAUUGUUUGAAUACUUGUAUGUUGACUAUAUUUCCAUUAAAUUAGGCGUCAAAUUCACUGCAUGUUAUAACUCAUUAUUUUUUCUUCCAAAUAUUCAUCGAACUAGGAAUGGAAGGUCCUGAAAGUAUGGAUAAAGCAGCAUGGACUAAAGAAAUAUUGCAUGUCUUUUGUGACCUUUGCAUCAAGGCUAUCGACAUGGGAAUGAAACCAAAUACUCAUUUCGACAAAGCUGGUUAGAAAUAUUUGUUGGCAUCCUUCAAAGAACAAACUGAUCAUGCAUUCACCAAGGCACAAUUGAAGAACAAAUGGGAUGGCAGCAAAAAGGAUUGGAGGAUAUGGAAUAAGCUCAUUUCUGAAACUGGUGUGGGUUGGAGUACUAAAUUAGGAACAAUUUCUGCUAGUGAUGACUGGUGGAAAUAAAAAAUUUCAGGAAAUAAGAGGAGCAAAAAAGUUUAGGCACUUCGGUAUCGAACCGUCGUUGUGUAUGAAGUACGACAGAAUGUUCACAAACAUUAUUGCUACCAGCAAUUAUGCGUGGGCACCAUCGUCUGGAGUCUUACCUGAUCAUGAUGUCGGUGUUGAUGGCAAUCAACAUGCCAAGGUUGAUCAGCCCGAUUUGGAAGAAGAAAGCGGUGAUUCUGAAGAGGACGGAAUUUCAAAUUUUACCGGUGAUGUUUGCAACAUGGUUAGAGGGGUUAAUAUGUCUACCAGAAGCAACAACCGCAGUAGUGGGAAGAGGAAAGAAAGAGAACAUUUUAAGGUUCAAGCUGGGGAAAAAAAAGGAAUUCCAGCAUGUCAAACAAUAAUGAUUCAACAUCUAUCAGUAUAGAUCAGGAAGGGUGUAAUAUUCCUGAGGUUAUGACAGAGCUUCACUCAAUUGAAGGAGUUCAUAUCGGUGAUGAUUUUCAUGGGUUUGCUACUGAGUUUUUAGGUUUGAGAAGGAAUAGAGAAAUGUGGUCAACUAUGGGUAAUAUUGAAAACAAGAUGAAAUGAUUGCAGAGAUGUAUACACAGCGUAAAGGACCUUAGACCGAGAGGUAUAUAUUGAUCCCAAAUGCUUGCUUUCAUAUAUUUGUUGGUAAUAUUAUUAUUUAAAUUGUUAUUUAACAUGUUUUUAAAUUUCUUGUCAUUUAUAUAAAUUUGCAGUUUAAUAAAGUUGCAAAUUUCUCAAGAUGAUAUGGAGUAAUAAAUUAAUUUAUGUUGGUUCGGGACCCUCUAUAAAUUAAACAAUUGACAUUGUAAGGAGAUGACGUCUGCAAUCAAUUAGGUUAUGGAGCAUUAAUAUUUAUUAUGUUCAUGUUAUGGAUUGUAUUUUAAUGUAGUUAAAAGUUGUAGUGUUAUUUGAGAA